ACUGUAGAAUGUUCACUUUUUUCAAUAAAAUGUUAUUCUUUUCUCUGGGAUUCUACCUCAGUAUUUACUUUGCUGUGAAGUUAUAUAUAUUUUCGGCAUUUAUAUUGCUGUUUCAAAUAUUAAAGCCUCACUCAAGGCCAAAAUCUCUAAGAAAUGGAAAUAAUCUAGUUGCUAUAGUUACUGGAGGAGCAAAGGGUAUAGGGUUAAGUGUUGUAAAAAAGUUGGCUCGCCUCAACGUCCACGUAAUAAUAGCUAGCAGAUGUAAGAAAGAAGCUAUUCAUGCUAUUGAAACAAUAAAAAGUCAAAAUAGAAAAGCAAAAGUUGAAUAUCUGAUGUUGGACUUAUCGUCAGUAAAGUCAAUAAAGAAUUUUGUAGCUGAAUUUAAAAAACGAGAAUUACAGUUGAAUAUUUUAAUAAAUAAUGCUGGCGUUAUGUUAACAUCCUAUACAAACACGGAGUGUGGUUUAGAAGAAGAAAUUAUGGAAAGUGGAGAAAUUGGUCGACAAAGUCGAAUUGUAAAUGUAUCCUCCCACGCUCAUUAUGCAACUUAUCCUUUUUCAGUUGAUUCUAUGAUAAAAAGAUCAUAUUUCUCGUCUCAUAGGGCAUACUGCGAGUCAAAACUAUGCCAAAUUAUGUUUGGGAAUAUGCUACAUCGUCAAUUAAUGGCCAACGGAUCUCUUGUAACAGUCAAUUCUUGUCAUCCUGGUGUUGUUAACACUGAUUUAUAUGAAAAUUUACAUACAACAACUUCUUGGUUUCUCAAUAAACUUAGAAUUCUGUUCAAGACUGCAGACCAAGGAGCAGAUACUAUUAUUCACUCGGUUAUGUCAACUGAAAUAGAAGGAACCGGUGGUCUUUAUUUAUCAAAUUGUAAAAGAUUUCAUUCCCUAACCGUAUGUAACAAUAGAAAAGAACAAGAAAAAUUAUGGGAUUUUACAAUGAGUACAUUAAAAACAAUGCUUGAAAAAGUCAAUGAAAAGUUUUAA